AUGAUGCCGCUAUCGAACGAUGUCUGGAUGAAUGUCCUGGUGCCUUUGUCGGGUUGCUUACCCUCGGCAAGCCAGGUGUUUGCGGACGUGUCUCCGGACCAACUUGUUCAGUCAGGCUACAACACGCAUCCCAUUGUCCAAAAAUAUGCAGAUAUAUCGCACAAGCGCGGCCGGAAGUUUGAGGGUCCGCUGCUUGUGCUUACUGGUGAGGCUGACCAGAUCGUAUCAGUCCGCCAGCUGUCGUCCUUGGUCAACGACACGUGCAACCUGCCCAAGCAAGAGUCGCUCGAGUUUGUCACAUACCGGAAUACGGACCACUUCCCCUUCAUACAAGCGAACCCGGCGAAGGGCCUCCCCUGGGUGAAGAAUAGACUGUCUGGUAAGGUCGUUUCGGGUGCGGCUUGCGUGCAGAGCGUGAUAGGAGGGUUCCGAACCGACGUUACAGUGGAGGCGUUGAGCGCCAAUUUCUUGGUAGAUUGGGGGAGCCUAUAG